CUGCAGUAAAGAGAGAAUGCAGAGAGACUGCAUGGGAAGUACAAAUAAGAAGUGUGAAGAGUUCAGUAGGCGGCAGGAUUGUUUGAUAACAUUUACAUACUGGGAGAGAACAUAGGAUCUCAGUAGUUGCUCUCCUCCCUCACUGAGCUUUUCUCUGCCAAGCCACAAGUGCUGUGUGCCUGAGCUGUCUGGUGCCUCCAUCAGUUUCCCAGUUUGGGGACACGGAAACAUGUGGUGGGAUGAAAACCUCCUUGCUCUAUUUAGGAGGAACUUGCGGACUACCAUAACCUAUUGGAGUGUCUUCUUCAGCUUUGGAUUAUGCCUUGCAUUUCUGGGACCAACUAUACUGGACCUGAGAUGCCUGACACAUAGCAGUCUGCAGGAGAUCACCUGGGUCUUCUUCGCUCAGCAGUUCUGCAUCCUGGUGGGGAGUACUUUGGGGGGAGCCUUUAAAAAGUCGUUGAAGCUGUGUUUGUCUGUCCUUUUCACAUCUUCUUUGAUCAUCUCCAUGGUGUUUGUUAUAAUUCCAUUUUGCCGACAUGUUGGUGUGCUUGCAGUGGUAAUGGCAGUGGCUGGGCUUUCCAUGGGGUGCAUUGACACAAUCUCCAAUAUGCAACUGGUAAAAAUAUACAAGCAGGACUCCGCUGUUUUCCUACAGGUGCUACAUUUUUUUGUUGGUUUUGGAGCACUUCUGAGUCCUUUGAUAGCAGAUCCAUUCCUUUCGGACACCAACUGCAUCCAGUCCAACUCGACCCUGAAUGGGAGCAGCAAUCUGCAACACAUUAGGAACUCAAUUGUAUCUCAUCAUCCAAGGAAUGUGUCGCAUUAUGUUCUUCCACGGGAUGGGCCAGCACAAACUAAUGUGGCCUAUGCAUUCUGGAUUAUGGCUGUCAUCAAUAUUCCAGUACCUUUUGCAGUUUUCCUUCUGAUGUACAGCAAAGGCAUGCUGCCUGGGUGUGGACACAGGAAAGGGUCCUUACUAUCUGCAGAUGAGCUAGCAAUGGAAACUCAGAAGGGGAAUGAGAGGAGUGAUGACCAAAUAACAGGAACACAGGAAGUGCAAAGUGGUCAUUUUCAUUGUUGUCAGAGUAAGACCUUUCGGGAUGCUCCAUACACAUUUUUAGCAAUUCAUAUAUGUUCAGCGGUGAUCCUAUUCAUGACCGAUGGGAUAGUGGGAGAAUACUCCGGUUUCGUCUAUAGUUAUGCUGUGAAGGAACCACUGUCAUUAGCUCACAAAACAGCAGGAUAUCUACCGAGCCUCCUCUGGGCUUCCAUCACUUUAGGAAGACUUAUCUCCAUUCCAGCAUCUUAUAAAAUGGCUCCUCGUACCAUGCUACUUAUUAAUCUGAUUGGUGUUUUAGGGGCAUUUCUGUUCCUGAUUUUGUCACAGAACAGCACGCCUUGCCUCUUCAUUGGAACAGCUUUUCUUGGUCUUUUUAUCAGCAGUGCUUUCCCCAGUAUGUUGGCCUACACAGAGGAUAUGUUAAACUACAAUGGCUGUGCCACCACAGUUCUUGUAACCGCUGCUGGGAUAGGCGAGAUGGUUCUUCAGAUACUAGUAGGAACGGUGAUUGAAACUCAGGGAAGUUACAGUUUCCUAGUUUGUGGGAUCAGUCUCUCCACAUUGGCCUUUACUCUAUACAUUGUACUGUUAGUGCUUGAUAACAUGCAUCCAAGGGAAUCAAAAGAUACAUCAGAACAAGGCAGAGAUACAGAAUCAUAUCAACGGUAGAAAUAUGACAUGCCUACAAGCACAGACAACAGCAUGCGCAAAACAAGCAUUUCUCUCGUGUCAAAAUGUUGCAACCCAUAGCUAAAUUUUCUGUCAUUUAAAGCCUGGAUAUAGCACCCAAUACAGUGUAAUAAAUAUCACAUGUAGACACUGGUUGGCUUCUGCAUUUCAUUUUAGUUGCAUUUCAUUCAGUUCAGGGUCCAUGGCUGUGGUGCUGGGGAAGAACUAGGGGGAAACAGGCCUGUGGAAUAAAUGCAAUAGGAUCCAAAGGGCUGCACACUUGAAAACGGCAUCCACUUUAUUGAUAAUUAUUAAAACGCCAUAUAUAGCAACAGUAGACACCGUGGGAUCAAGCAAACACGGUCAACGUGUUUGACACUACUAAUGUUAAUUUGUGUAUUUGGGUGCUGUACCUAGCUUUUAGCGGCAGCAGGCUGUAUGAAGGGCAAAUCUACCCAAAAUCAGUUUCUGUUUUUAAGUCAAUGUUUAAUAAAGUUUUACACGUUUCA